AUGGUGUUCUUUUCCUUUGGUGUGUCAUCUUUUCCACCCACUAAAGUUGUGGAUGUAAAGACCAUUUGCAAGCUCUCCAAAAACACUUCAUUUUGUCUAAACUUUCUAAACUCAAAGCCUGGUGGAGCACAUGGUGCAAAUUUGGAUACUCUUGGACAAUACACCUUCAACCAAACUCUUGGCAAAGUUACCAACACCAUUACCCUAAUCAAGCAACUUAUUGCAAAGGGUAGUCCAGAUCCUUUGAAAGUAUUUCACUAUAAAUAUUGUAUGGGGAGUUUUAUUCGUGUCAAAAGUGACAUUGAGUAUGUUCAAAGCAUGUUCAAGUCAAAAGAUUAUCGCAACAUACGCCUUGUUGUGGAGGAUAGCCUUAAUUCAUCUCUUAAUUGUUUACAAGUUCCUCCUGAAAAUGAUGAUCCUUCCAUGCUUCCAAAAUAUAUUAAGGCUAUCCAACUAGUUGAAGGGGUCAUUCGUGCUAUAUUAGUUUUGUUAGGAAUAUAG